CGACAAUUGCCGCCCACCAGUACAACAAAGUCCACUCCCGAAUCAAACAUGCACGUCUCCAUUCUAUCUCUCCUGCUGGGAUGCAGCAUCUACACUACUCUUGCCAUGCCCUCGUACCCCUCCGCUUCGCAGCGAGACAAUGGCCUCGCCAAGAGAGCGUGUGACUCCAGCUCCUGCAACACACUGGCAAGUCUUUUGGACUCCAUCAAGAAUCCACCCAUACUAACUGAACGCGCUUCCAGUGUAUGCAACAAGGCAAUCAAUCGGGGAUGUGCGCUCAAGGGAGCAACCCCUCCCUGCAACUCCUGGGCCUUGAGCUCCUCGGCCAGGCCUUACCGUGCGUUCCCCUCUUCUCCUCUCUUCCUUUUCCCCUAUUCACCGCACCGCAUCUUGAGAAACGCGCAGAACGAAGACAAGUUAAUCAUAAACAGUGGCUGCAUGUGCAUCCCGGCCAGCACCAGCGCCGCCAGCGCCGGCACCGACUCUUCUCGCGUCGCCGCCACGACAACCACUACUGUAACUACGACCUCAACUGCAACUUCCGUCCUGACUUCCACCGCGACCUCCACCGUCACCGCGACAGCCACUAAUACCCAAACUGUCACCUCCACAGCCACGGAAAUGAAGCCCGUUGCGGUGACCGCCACCUCGACCGUCACCGUCACGCAGACCACCACCACCACCACUACCGCCACCAACACCCUUACUAUCACGCAUACUGCCGACCCCACUGCUCCUGCGCAUGAUGCACCCCAAGCCCCGGAGACCGUCACUGUGAUUGCCCCUGCGACUGGUGCACCCGCCGUCUCCACGACCACAGUGUACACCGCCACCACGACGAACCACAUCCCCUUCACGACGACGAAGACGCUGGCCGUGAGGACGACGGUAACGGCCUGUCCUUCUUCUUCUUCUUCUUCUUCUUCUUCUUCUUCUUAACUUUCCUUACAUAAUUCUUAAACAUGGGGUUAGAGAUCUGGGGCGGUACUUGUUGGAUCCUGAUUUGCAUUAGAGUCGGGGUUCACUGCUAUUCUUUCUUUUCUUUUGGAUAUUCUGCAUUCUGCCUCUGGGCCAUGAUCUCGGGGCGUCUUUCUUUUGUUCUGGUGUAUAUAGUUAUCUAUUUGGUUUCAUCUUAUCUUCAAUCAGGAUGCAUCGGGUUUUCCGCCCCGG